CCCUCAUCUCUCACCUCUGUCUCUCUCUCUCUCUGCUCAUCUUCUUUUUCCACUUUCCUCUUUCCUCUUUCUCAUCUACCAGUCUUCCUCCACCAAACAGAUGCUUCUAGUUCAUGCCUUCAACGAACUUUUUCUCUCACUCUCUCUCUCUUAAUUUUUUUAAAUUCUAGUUUAAUCCAACUUGAUGCUUUCUUAAAGUGCGGGCAUUCGCUCAUCUUCAGAUGGUACACCCACUUGCCGUGAUGUUAGGUGAAUAUCUUGCGACCUAAGGGCAGGGUUGACUGAAAUCAUACAUACAGAGAGUGCCAAUUCUAGCAAAGUUUUCACAGAUUAUCCUCCAAAGCUCCAAUUCAUCUUCUUUUCGGUGAAGCGAAAUGGCUGAGGCUGUUGUUUCGGGUGUCGUGACAAGGAUAGGUGACUUACUCGUACAAGAACAAAAAUUAUUGUCCGGGCUGGGUAACCAAGUUGAGCGGCUACAAAUUGAGCUCAAUCUGAUGCAAGGCUUUUUAAAAGAUGCAGAUGUGAGGCAAGAUGAAUCAGAGAGUGUAAGACUGUGUGUUGCUAAAAUAAGAGAUCUUGUUUAUGAUGUCGAUGAUAUCAUUGGGAUGUAUAUCUUCAAAGCUUCUUCCGAGAGGGGAGGACUCAUACAAAAAAUCCUCAAGAGGUGUGGUUGCAUCUUGUAUGAAGGAAUUUCAGUCCACAAGGCUGGGUCAUUAAUUUCAAAUAUCACAGCAAAAAUUUAUAGUUUGAAAUGCAUUUUGCAAAACUGUGGGAUAAGAAGAUCAAUAAUAAGAGUAGGUGGGCCGAAUUUUUUGGAAGAGAGUCAAAGGGAAACUUAUUCUCAUCCUGAACAUGAAGUUGUUGGGCUUGAAGAUAAUGUAAAAGAAUUGGUAGAGUUUUUGCUGAAAGAAGAGGAAGGCAAUAGAGUUGCUUCCAUAUGUGGUAUGGGUGGUCUGGGAAAGACCACUCUCGCCAGGAUGGUUUAUAAUCACCCAAAAGUCAAGCAACACUUUGACUGCACCGCUUGGGUGUACAUCUCACAGCACUUUCAAAGAAGACAUGUUUGGGAACAAAUUCUAUUGAGCCUUCAGUCUCUAUCAAGAGAGGAAAGGGAUGAAAUUCCACCAUUGACAGAUGCAGAGCUCGCUGAUAAACUUUGUCAAGUUCAAAGGGAGCGAAAGUGUUUGGUUGUCCUAGAUGAUAUAUGGAGUGUUGAGAGUUGGAACGUUAUAUGUGAUGCCUUUCGUUGGAAGGAUGCUAAUAGCAAAAUAUUGUUGACCUCCCGUAAUAUGGAUGUGAUUUCGCAUAUAGAUCCCAAAGGUUUCAUGCAUAGACUGCCGCUUUUAAAUCUUGAAAAGAGUCGGGUUUUGUUUGAGAAGAUGGCAAUAUCUUGGAGACAAGACUCUGAAAUAAAGUUUAGGAUGAUCAAUUUAGGGAGGGAAAUGGUUGAAUAUUGUGGGGGUUUACCCCUUGCUAUCACGACAUUAGGAGGCCUUUUAGCUGUUAAGCAGACUGAAGAAGAAUGGGAGGAUGUGCUUAAAAAUGUUAAAUCAUUCCUCUAUGUGCAAGACCUACGAAUCACCACAUGCUUGGCUUUAAGUUAUAAUGAUUUGCCUGGUCACUUGAAAUUAUGCUUUCUAUAUCUAGGUCAUUUUCCAGAAGAUUUUGAGAUACCAACAAAGGAAUUGAUUCGGAUGUGGAUGGGAGAAGGUUUUAUAUCGCAAAGUCAGCACGAAGAAGGAAGAGAGGAUACAAUGGAGGAUGUGGGAGAGCGAUAUUUCAGGGAACUAGUACAGAGGAGUAUGGUACAGGUGGGAAAAAUUGGCUCACUUGGAAGGAUCAAAACUUGUCGAAUCCAUGAUCUUAUGCGAGACUUUUGCGUAUCAAAAGCCCAAAAUGAAAAUUUUCUCCAAAUCAUGAACAUUCAUUCCAUGGAAGCAAGUGAAAUGCAUCAUGAAAAAAUUCGAAGACUUGCUAUUAUUUGGAAGCAACAUGAUCUCGAUCCAUUGCUUCCCUUGAUGUUAUCCAAGAACUAUCACUUCCUUAGGUCUCUUUUAUGCUUUCAACCUCAUGUUUUAGACAGUGUUACAUCUAUGUUCAAGAACUUCAAAUUGCUUAGUGUCUUAAAUCUAGAGAAUUGUUCCACCUAUUCUGGAGACUUACCUGAAGACAUUGGAUGUCUCAACCUCUUGAAAUUCUUCUCUCUGAAAAAUAGCAAUAUACGUAGCUUGCCCUCAUCUCUAGGAAAUUUGAAGUUGUUGCAGACGGUAGAUGUGCGAUGUUGGGAAUACAAUUUCCCUGUGAAAGUUCCAAAUGUGUUUAAGAAGAUGGUACAGUUAAGGCAUCUUUAUCUACCCAAAGAGUAUAGGGUAAAUGAGAAAUUGGAACUAGCUGAUCUUUGUUGUUUGCUGACAUUGGUGAAUGUUGAGCUCAAAACCAUCCAAAUGUCCACAAGUUUCAAAUUCAGCCGUCUUCAGGUCCUUGGCAUGCAGGUGCAGACUGAUAAUAAUGAAUGGGCCAAUGAUGCAAUACAAAUACUAAUAUCAAGUUGUCCUCGUGUAUAUAAGCUAAAUCUAUAUUUCUCAAUAAAGAAGCUUCCAGAAGCUUCCCAAUUCUCUCCAAAACUUGCCAAGUUGACCUUAAAUGGGUCUCUACUUGAAGAAGACCCGAUGACAAUGUUAGAGAAAUUGCCCAACUUAAAAGUCCUCUGUCUUUUUAAUAACGCUUUUGCAGGGAAGAAUAUGGUCUGUUCUGAACGAGGAUUUCCUUUACUUCAAUUUCUUGUAGUUUCUGAAUUAAAAAACCUAGAGGAGUGGCAGGUGGAGGAAGGAGCCAUGCCCAAUCUCCAUCAUUUGAAAAUUGAAAAUUGCAGUAGGUUGAAGACGAUUCCAGAUGGACUGAGAUUCAUCACAAACCUCCAGGAAUUGGAGAUCAAAUGCAUGCCACAGCCAUUCGAAGACAUGCUUUCUGACAAAUUCAAACAUGUCGGUGUCCUUGUAUUUCAAGGCGGUAAUGAUAAGCAUUAUUAGCUAACAAGGUAAAAUCAUUCACGGAGCAAAGGUUUAUACUCUUCUUCAACUCAUAAAAAAUCAACAAAUUGCUCUCAACUUGUACGAGUUUGUGUUAGUUAUAAAAUUUGAAGGAUUUGAUUGCAUGGACUCAUUAAAUAGAUACUUUGAUGCCUAUGUGUAAUGGUGUAAAGAAUUGUUUGUUAGGUGAUGCUACUCUGUGUUGUACUAUUUUGUUUGGUGGUUUGUUUGCAAUGUGGUGUGUUUGUUUUA